ACCCAAAAACCCAAGAAGGCAAACCGGCUAAAUCCUACUUGUCGGGCCGAUCAAGCUCCUAGAAGGCCCAAUUAAGACGGACAGCCCAAUAAAUGACGGCCCGGAUAAGAACGAUCGCCGACUUUACUUGAGGACAAUCCCACAUCGAUCCCGAGGCAGAGAGGUGAAACGUCCCAUCAGCUAUAAAUACCAGGGGAUCAGCUUGCAGAGAAGGGCAAGUAACAUCGGGCAAGAGUCAGGAGUAAAUCCGAUUCUAAGCUAUAGUUCAGUUAGUCAUUUUGAGAAGCACAAUUCUCUGUAAUUAGCCACCCGGCUUAUAACGGUUAUAUUGUAAUUCGACGAUCUUUGACUAUCUUAAUAAAAGUCCUUUGUUUCACCCUUUCUAUUAUAUCAUCCUCGAGCUAGUAGCUAUACUAGUUCAACAAUUUAUGAACGUGUUGUCUGCGUUGAUUGUGAGUGAAGAGUUUCAAGGCAUAGUUUCAUCUGAAGCUGAAGACAAUAAACUUUCUGGUGAUGACUCACUUGGGGCUCAUGUACCUUCUAAGGCUGGGUUGGACCCAAAAUUUCAACCUGCAGAUACUACUAAUGGGUUAGAAAGCAGUGCAGACAUAUCAGAUACGGAAUUGGUAGCUGCAAAUACUGGUAGAGGCACUGGCGACGAUGGAGGAUUAGCAUUACUGUGGUUUGGUAUUAUCACGGGUAUAUUGGUUCUUGUUGCUAUCAACAUGGAAGGCUCAGGUUUCUCCAACCCGUAAUAUAGUGCUAUACAGCGCUGGAGAUUUCUGUU